UCUCUCGUUCGCGCGCUCUCAUCUCCAUCAUCCUCUCGCGACUGAGAAAAAAACCCGCCAGCGCGAAACAGAUGGGAAGGCAUCCGCGGAAUUAGCGACCGUUACCGUGCAGAGAAUAACCGCCAAAAAUUAACGGACACCGACAAGAAGUUCAGUUCGUCCAGAAGACUUCUGGACUGAGAACUUGAGGGCAUUUCACGUCUAUUCACGACUGGAAAAGGCAGGGUGGGCCAUGCCAUUCGGCUGUUUAAAUCCUGGCGAGAAGAAGGACUACAAUAGUCCUACUGAAAUUACAGACAAAUAUGAUCUGGGGCAGAUUGUUAAAACGGAGGAGUUCUGUGAGAUCUUCAGGGCGAAGGAUAAGAACACUCUGAAAAUGUACACCUGCAAAAAAUUCCUGAAGAAAGAUGGAAGAAAAGUGCGGAAGGCUGCCAAAAAUGAGAUUGUCAUCCUAAAGAUGGUGAAACACCCCAACAUCCUCCAGCUGGUCGAUGUCUACGAGACCCGGAAAGAGUACUACCUCUUCCUUGAGCUAGCCACAGGUCGCGAGGUCUUUGACUGGAUCCUGGAUCAAGGCUAUUAUUCUGAGAGGGACACAAGCAAUGUUAUCAGACAGGUGAUGGAGGCAGCUGCUUACCUGCACAGCCUGAAGAUCGUUCACAGGAACCUAAAGCUUGAGAAUCUGGUGUACUACAACCGACUGAAACAUUCAAAAAUAGUCAUCAGUGACUUCCAUCUGGCAAAACUGGAGAAUGGACUCAUCAAGGAGCCGUGUGGAACCCCAGAGUAUCUGGCCCCAGAGGUUGUUGGGAGACAGAGAUAUGGCCGACCCGUGGACUGCUGGGCUCUUGGUGUGAUCAUGUACAUACUACUCUCGGGAAAUCCUCCAUUCUACGAUGAAGCAGAUGAGGAUGACUAUGAAAACCAUGACAAGAACCUUUUCCGGAAGAUUCUUGCUGGAGACUAUGAGUUUGACUCACCAUACUGGGAUGACAUUUCAGACUCCGCUAAAAACUUAGUGUCACGUCUUAUGGAGGUGGACCAGGACCAGAGAUUGACUGCUCAAGAAGCCAUCAACCAUGAAUGGAUAUCUGGAAAUGCUGCUUCCGACAAGAACAUCAAGGAAAAUGUCUGUGCACAAAUUGAGAAAAACUUUGCAAAAGCCAAGUGGAAGAAAGCCGUACGGGUCACGACCAUGAUGAAGCGUCUCAGGGCACCAGAGCAUCAGACGGCAGCAGCAGCAGCUGCACCAGAAGUGGCCAACCCUGCAGCAGGAGCUCAGGAAAACCCCCAGGCUCCAUCUGAGGCCUCCACAGCCCAGUCGAGUACUGCUGAAAGCCCCUCUGCCAGCACAGAAGCCCCUGUUGUGGAAGCAGUGGCCGCUGCCGCCCCACCACCAGCUGAGCCUGUUCUCCACGUCCCAGCGCCCGAACAGCCCGAUCCCACAUCGCGAUGCAACGGAGAAGCUUUAGACUCCCUGCCAUCGGACACAGGGGAGGAACAGAGCGGUUAAUCUCGCUACCUCUCCCACCUGCGUUUAGAUCUCGCACUCUUGUACAUAAGCAGCAAGCAUGCUAAUACUGAUUCCACAGCACAUAGCAUUAAUCUCAAAACUAAAGGCCAAUUCACAGUGCACCGAGACAAUCCGAGAGACAGCAACAGACACUUCAUCAGGUUUUGUUGAAUCAGUGUGUUUGAUUGGCUCUCGUUUUUGCUGAUUGAACAUGUUGAAUCUGCGUUUGACGGAUGUCUGAGAAGUGGCGUACUUGUAAUAUGUUGGUUGUCCACGUUGGUCGCCGUCUGUCGGUGCAGUGUGAAUUUGCCUUUAAACAUUUUCCAGCAAGCAUUCUCUUGUUUUCUAUUGAAUCACAACGCCGUGUGACGCACAUCGAAUGCUCUGGCCACUUUAACUUUGCGUAAAAUAAGAAAAAAGCUGUUUUCUGCUUACAUUAAGCCAAGAUCGGAAACUUUAGCACUGAUCUGCAUACAUGCUUUAGGAUAGAUUAUCACUGUAGGCCCCAUUUUAUAGCUACUUUUUAUUUUAUUUUAUUGCAUUGCAAUUUGUUGACAUCUGUCUCGAACUAGUCAGAGGACCACAGAGACACAGCUUCAUGUGCAAUGUACAGUUUCUGUAAAUAGCUUACUUACCUCUGUAGAUUAGACGUAGCCAAGAACAGCAUGCUUUUUUCAAAUCUGCUGUUUAUGACACACAUGCCCAGGUAACUGACACAUUCAGCUUCAGCUUUUACAUGGACAUUUCAUGUCUUGAUCGAACACGCACUCAUGAAACGUUAAGAGGAUUCAUAUGAAAAAUACUUUUACAACAACUAAGGCGGCUAAAUUCAUCUCGUAAUGGUGUUUUAGUGGUUGAGACGUGUGGCCCAAUAAAUGGAGCAGAGUUGGUAAGCAUAACUAAUACCUCACAUCUGCUUGGUAGCUAGCCACAUGAACAGUGGAAAAUGUGAUUUGUUCUUAUAAUGUAUUAUAUACUCAUUUGCAUACAUUGUACAUGUUUUGAAUAAUAUACCUUUCCAUUUUAAAAGUACACAGCCACACACAGUGAUCUUUGUUUUUAACAGGAUUUCAUUGGAGGCAUAAAUUUACAAGUUACAGUGGCCAUUUUAUGGCUACUCUGAGAUGCUUUCGUUGGGCUGAAUAUUUACUCAUAAUCUUUAUAUAUUUUUCUUGAACCCAAAUCUUUUUUGAAUUGCAAGUAUAUAAUAGGUAUCAGAUAUUUAGGCCAUGGUAUUAAGAAGCAUUUUCGUCAAGUACACUAAAUACAGGUGUAAACGGGGUCUAAUAUGUUUUGAGCUUGUCCACUUUCAACCACUUCCAGAGGUGCUCAAAAACUCAUUCAAACGGAUUGCACACUCGUGGUCGAAUGUGUUCGGACAACCAAAAAGGACCUCCUACUCUCCACCUACUGACCUAACAUGUAUGGGAAGCGCGCUAGCCAGACAGGAUUUAAACUUUGUCGACUGAAGACAAAUA